AUGCGUUGCUGGAUGUACGUCUGUAUACUAAUAUUGAACUGCUUGGUGGGUAUCACGCUUGCUCAAGUAUGCUGUCCCGAAGGAUGGUUUGGAUACGGAAAAAAGUGUUAUCGCCAGUUCGUUGAAAAGAAAACUUUUAGAAAAGCGUACCUGGACUGCAUCGAGGAAAGUGGCAGCCUAUUUGUGCCAGAGGACGACGUAGAAUGGGUAAGUAUUGGAUGUAGUUGA